GGUGCCCCGCCCCCUUCAGCGCGCUCAAAGUGGAGGGUGACUGCGGGGGCGGGGUCAGAACACUGGCGGCCGAUCCCAACGCGGGUCCUUGGAGCCCGACGCCGAGCAGCGCACUGGCGGGGCCGAGCAGGAGCCGGCAUCAUGGAUUCCUUCAAGGUAGUGCUGGAGGGGCCAGCACCUUGGGGCUUCCGGCUGCAAGGGGGCAAGGACUUCAAUGUGCCCCUCUCCAUUUCCCGGCUCACUCCUGGAGGCAAAGCGGCGCAGGCCGGAGUGGCCGUGGGUGACUGGGUGCUGAGCAUCGAUGGCGAGAACGCAGGGAGCCUCACACACAUCGAAGCUCAGAACAAGAUCCGGGCCUGCGGGGAGCGCCUCAGCCUGGGCCUCAGCAGGGCCCAGCCAGUUCAGAGCAAACCACAGAAGGCCUCCGUCCCUGCCGCGGACCCCCCGCGGUACACCUUUGCACCCAGCGUCUCCCUCAACAAGACGGCCCGGCCCUUCGGGGCGCCCCCGCCCGCUGACAUCGCCCUGCAGCAGAAUGGACAGCCGCUUCGACCGCUGGUCCCAGACGCCAGCAAGCAGCGGCUGAUGGAGAACACGGAGGACUGGCGGCCGCGGCCGGGGACAGGCCAGUCGCGUUCCUUUCGCAUCCUUGCCCACCUCACAGGCACCGAGUUCAUGCAAGACCCGGAUGAGGAGCACCUGAAAAAAUCAAGCCAGGUGCCCAGGACAGAAGCCCCAGCCCCAGCCUCAUCUACACCCCAGGAGCCCUGGCCUGGCCCUACCACCCCCAGCCCCACCAGCCGCCCGCCCUGGGCUGUGGACCCUGCGUUUGCCGAGCGCUACGCCCCGGACAAAACGAGCACAGUGCUGACCCGGCACAGCCAGCCGGCCACGCCCACGCCGCUGCAGAACCGCACCUCCAUCGUGCAGGCAGCUGCCGGAGGGGUACCAGGAGGGGGCAGCAACAACGGCAAGACUCCUGUGUGUCACCAGUGCCACAAGGUCAUCCGGGGCCGCUACCUGGUGGCGCUGGGCCACGCGUACCACCCUGAGGAGUUUGUUUGUAGCCAGUGUGGGAAGGUCUUGGAAGAGGGUGGCUUCUUCGAGGAGAAGGGCGCCAUCUUCUGCCCGCCAUGCUAUGACGUGCGCUACGCACCCAGCUGUGCCAAAUGCAAGAAGAAGAUUACAGGCGAGAUCAUGCAUGCCCUGAAGAUGACCUGGCACGUGCACUGCUUCACCUGUGCCGCCUGCAAGACGCCCAUCCGGAACAGGGCCUUCUACAUGGAGGAGGGCGUGCCCUACUGCGAGCGAGACUAUGAGAAGAUGUUUGGCACGAAAUGCCAUGGCUGUGACUUCAAGAUCGACGCUGGGGACCGCUUCCUGGAAGCGCUGGGCUUCAGCUGGCAUGACACCUGCUUCGUCUGUGCGAUAUGUCAGAUCAACCUGGAAGGAAAGACCUUCUACUCCAAGAAGGACAGGCCCCUCUGCAAGAGCCAUGCCUUCUCCCAUGUGUGAGCCCCUCCUGCCCACAGCUGCCGCGGCGGCCCCCUGGAGUCAUGGCCCGGCAUUUCUGGGUAGGGCUGGCAAUGGUUGCCUUAACCCUGGCUCCUGGCCCGAGCCUGGGGUUCCCCGGGCCCUACCCCACCCGCCUUAUCCUCCCACCCCACUCCCUCCACCACCACAGCACACCGGUGCUGGCCACACCGGCCCCCUUUCACCUCCAGUGCCACAAUAAACCUGGACCCAGCUGUG